AUGAUCAGAGAGUUUAUACUCACAGUGGAACGAAUCCGUAUUCAAUACGAAAUUCAGCAGAAAUCACUGGAGCAAUUCAUCCAUCAAUUAGAUGAGCGAGAACAAAGUCUAGAUCAAGGAUUAGCAAAGAUUGGAUCACAGCAAAAGGAAUUGGAACGACGGCAAGUUCAAGUAGAGCAAGAAUUACAGUCGAUUCGUCUGAUAGCAGAGAAUUACCGAGAAAAGAAGAAGAAGCGUGAGCAGGAAUAUUCAUUAGUGGCCUCUGUCCCCAUCUUAUCCGCUCAAUCGAAAAAACGAUACAUCAAAGCACGAAACAAGUACUCGGAUGCAGAACAACAAGUCUCCGAAUCACGACAGGCCUUGGAAAAGUGUCGGGAUCAUUUACGCUUGAUUUCAAAAACAGUGUCUGCACAAUACUCUGAACAAGAUAGGGUGCAUCAUCAAAGAAGAGGCUCAAAAGACACGCUCCUCUCAUCUACACAGCAAUUAGACUACCUACAAAAAGGAUGUGAUUUCUGGUCCGAAUUUGACAGCUAUCAGGCCCAGCUUGUAUUAGAAUCCGCUAUUUAUUUACGCGAAAAAAUCAAUUGUCACACACCCCAUAGUAAUAAUCAGCUAUUAGAUAUGGAUCAGGUCUGGCAAAAGACCUUUCUAUUGGCCUGCUUUGAAUAUGGCGAUGGUGAAUUAUACGCCCAUGAAAAAUGGAAUGUCGAUACCUUGCAAAUAACCUUUGAUUGUGAAAUGUGUCAGACCUCUCAAACCGGUUGGCCAAAAGUCGCUUAUGAAACUGACCUGGUUUGCCAACUGUGUUACAGUACAAUACCUCAAGAUUCUUUCCUAACAAAACCAAUGCCACGCAUACCAUCUCAUAGUAAAAUGAGAAAACUCUUUAGCACUUUAUUCAAUACCCAUUCCAAAGUAAAUCCUAUCUAA